AGAAAAAUACAUACUUUCAUCAGUUCAGUUCAUCCUCACUUGUGCUUCAGUAGUAUCAUUAAUUACUUCAUCACUUACACUUCUCAUUAUGCAAAUGGAGUCUACUCAUCAACAAGAAAGCCAAUCAGCAGAACCAAAAUGGAAGGGGAAGGCGAAAGCAGAGGUAACAAGGUUCAAAGCAGAGCAAGCAUGGCCUCUUCUAGAGGAUUUUUUUGGCCUCAGCAAGCUCUUCCCCACUCUCUCCACAUGCCUUCCUGUUGAAGGCCUCUCAGGCCAACCAGGUUGUGUUCGUUUCUGUGCAGGUUUCAAGACCCCUGUGGAUGAUGGCCAUGGCAAAAAAGCCAUGAACUGGACCAAGCAGAAACUGCUUUCAAUCGACCCGGUUCAGAGGAUUUUCAGCUAUGCCAUUAUAGAUGGAAAUGUUGGGUUCCACUCCUAUGUUUCCACAGUGAAGGUGCUGCCAAAGGAAGGUGGGUGUGAAAUUGAGUGGUUUUAUGAAGUUGAACCGGUUAAAGGGUGGAAAUUGGAGUAUCUUGAUUCCUUCAUUGGCAAAGGGUUGCAGGUGAUGGCUCAGAGAAUUGAAGAGGCUUUGAAGACCAUGGAAGAAGCACUUGGAGCAAAUAAUUGAAGUAAUGAGUGGUGAUCACCAACAUUUAUCUACACUAUAGCUUUUUCAGAUAUGUUAUGUAUAAUGUACUUCUUGAAUCUGUGUCAUUAGUUUGUCAUUGCUUAGUAGUAUAAACUGAAUGUGCACUAAUGCUGUUUUGUGUUGUUGCAAUAAAAUAAGCUGGUUUUCAA